UUAUUUGUAUUUUUAUACGAUUUCCUUAUCCGUAGUUUUUACGCUAGAUGGCAGUAGUGCUCUUCUACGUACACGAUAACCAAUAUGGCACCCUCCGUGAUGUACAAAACAGUGUUUCAUGAAGUGGUAGCUGCUUUACAGCGCGUAAUGUUUUCUUAAUAGGUAGAACGAAUUUGACGUAGAAAAUGCAAACGAAUAUGGUUGUUUCACCCCGUGUAUUCACUGCAAUACAAAAUGUAAAUAUAAAGGAACUGUCAAAAUGUUCACAAAAAGAAGUCCGGCCUAUUUUGCCGUGUUUGGUUAGAAUGAGUCUGAUUUCGCCGUUAGAUAUGACAAAAGACUGUGUGGAAGGACGGAAAGAAAUUUUGACUAUUUUAUCUGGAAUCGAAUCUGUGAAUUCUAUUGUCGCUUUGCUUUCCAUUGAUUUCCAUGCCUUGGAGACGGACGUUAGAAAGGAGCAACAAUUGAGACAGAAAUUGGGAAGUGUUCAGACAGAUAGUAUUCUUGCACAGUCGCUACAAACUGGCCUUGCUUUAGAAUUUGAAAGGAGUGAGUCAACACGGCGUAUUCGAUUAGUGCUUAGUGAAAUACUGUUUAUAGCUUCUCAGAUACAUGAACUGCAGAAGAAUCAAGAGUUUCAAAUAAAACAAUCUGAUCUCUUUGACAAUGCUGUUUAUAUGGAAGAAAUUAGCUAUGUUAUUUGCAUUGCAUUGGCCGAACUACCAGCUUUGCUGUCGAUUUUGGAUAUAUCUGAAACACUGUUACACGUUAAACAUGGACCUGAGAUAAUUUGUUGGAUCGUAGCAAAUAGUCCAGACAGUUUUGCAGAAGUCUGUACUCACUUGAUUGCAAAUGGUGAAAGGCAAGAAGAAUCUGCCUUAGGCAGAAUUAGAACUCAGGCUCUUACAAUGUUAUGCCAAAUGAAUCCAAGCCAAGCCCUAGCAAUAAGAGCUAAGUGCGUGGAACUUUGUAGGAUGCCUGCAUUAGCAAUAACUUUGAGCCUCGAUCAUGAGAAUGUCGAAAAGCCACAGUUGAAGAGUGACAUGGUUGCUUUCGUGUCUGGUUUGCUACUGGGAAGCGAUCAGCAAGUUAGAACUUGGAUAGCUAUGUUUAUAAGAAAUGGCCAAAAAAGAAAAUGGGAAUCUCACACAGCAUUGCAAUCCCUAAGAGAAGAAUUACUUCGAAAAUUACAAGCAAUUGUUUCACAUAGUUCAGAUAGUCAGCUGGAUGAAUCUCAUGUCGUUCAAGCUAGUGCAUUGUUAAGACUCUACUGCGCCCUUAGAGGAAUCGGAGGGAUAAAGUUUCAAGACGAUGAAGUAACUAUGAUUGUUCAGCUGCUGACCUCACAUCCUCCGCCAUCACCAGCAGGAGUUCGAUUUGUAUCCCUAGGACUGUGUAUGUUGAUUGCGUGUCCUUCGUUAAUAGGACAUCACAACCUUGAGAAAAAAAGUGUUGAGUGGGUUCAGUGGUUGGUACGGGAGGAGGCAUAUUUUGAAAGUGCCAGUGGUGUAUCAGCCAGUUUUGGAGAAAUGUUACUUUUGAUGGCUAUUCACUUCCACAGUAACCAACUCUCAGCCAUUUGUGAACUAGUCUGUGCGACUCUUGGCAUGAAAAUACCUAUCAGACCAAAUAAUCUUACAAGAAUGAAACAAAUUUUCAUGCAGGAGAUCUUCACUGAACAAGUCGUGACCUCUCAUGCUGUCAAAGUACCAGUGACGGCUAAUCUAAAUGCUAAUAUACCAGGUUUCUUGCCUGUGCAUUGCAUACACCAGUUAUUAAAGUCAAGAGCAUUUGCAAAGCAUAAAGUGCCAAUAAAAAAUUGGAUUUAUCGACAAAUUUGUGACAGCGUACCACCUUUACAUCCUGUGUUGCCUGCACUGGUUGAAGUUUAUGUGAAUUCAAUUUUGGUCACAAGUAACAAGACAUCAGAGCACACAAAUAAACCUAUAACGGAAGAUGAGAUUAGAAGAGUUUUUCAAAACAGUGUUUUUGGAGCCAAUUUUGAUCCAAAGAAAAGUGCUAUGAGCAUUGUAGACAAUGAAUCCGGUUGUAUGGAUGUUGAUACAUCGAAACCUUCCUUAACGUCUCAGUUGCUGUUGUUGUAUUAUUUGUUAUUGUACGAAGACGUUCGAUUAUCGAAUAUGCAUCAUUUUAUGUCGCAAAAUAGAAAAGUGAAGUCUUACUCAACAGAAUUUCUUUCCGAAUUACCGAUAAAGUAUCUCUUGCAGCAAGUGCAACGGGAUCAGAUGAGUUAUGCUGGUUUAUUUUCCCCACUUCUGAGAUUAUUGGCAACUCAUUUUCCACAUUUGUCAUUGGUAGAUGAUUGGCUCGAUGAUGAAAUGAUAAAUGUUGAUUCAAUGACUGCUAAUUAUGAAACUGUUAUAGUCAAUGAUAUGUCUAUAAUUGAAGCCUUUGGCCAUAUUCAGACCUGCCCUUCGAGAACAGGUCGUAUGCUUCGACAACUGAUGUCUAUAAAACCAACAGAUAUCUGGCCUUACGCUGAAACCAUUAUUCAUUACUUUAAAGCUGUUCUUGAUGAUAAAGUUCCCAGAUAUAUUCAAGAACUUUACAAACAAGUCUGGCUGCGACUAAACACAGUAUUGCCAAGAUGUCUUUGGGUUCUAUCGAUAAACGCACUAUUAAUAGAAAAUUCAACAGUUCGGAACGUGUUCCUCACACAGGAAAAUAUCGUACUGGAUCCUCUACAAGUAUUAAGAUGCGACACAAGAGUUUUUAGAUGCGCACCAGUAUUAUCAGUAAUUCUCAGAAUAUUACAAGCUACAUUGGCUGCAUCUCGAUCUCAACUGUCUCGUCAUAUGCAAGAUAGACCCCUGACAGAAAAAAUAGGGCAGCUGUCAAAUGAAGCAGAAAGAGAAGAUCUACGAACAGCUCUGGUAGCAGGUCAAGAAAGUGCAGCAGUUCAAAUCCUGUUGGAAGCAUGUUUAGAAACCGCGGAGGAUCGUGAAAUACCUGGACAAAUGUGGUCCUUGAGAGAGAUCCGUAGUGUCGUCUGUUCUUAUUUACAUCAAGUCUUCAUAGCAGAUCCUUCCUUAGCAAAACUAGUUCAUUUCCAGGGUUAUCCAAGAGAACUUCUUCCAAUAACAGUAUCAGGAAUUCCAUCGAUGCACAUAUGUCUUGAUUGGAUUCCAGAAUUGCUCUCACAACCAGAACCAGAAAAGCAAAUAUUCGCCGUUGCAUUGGCGUCUCAUCUUGCUGUUCAGUAUGCACUUCCAAAGGCGCUGAGCGUCUCUCGACUGGCAAUUAAUACGUUAAUUACACUUCUGGGAGUUUUGCCAUCGAAGGAUAGAGUUGUUUUAUUUAUGCCCGUGUUACCAGCCCUCACAAGAAUAUGCCUGGCAUUUCCGCCAUUGGCUGAGGAUAUAACUGGCCUACUGUUGCAACUUGGCAGAGUUAGUUCAGCUCAAGCGGCUCUUGGAGAUAAAUCUGCUGAAGUACUGUGUCGCGAAGUGAACACAACAUUUUCCUCAUUAAUGCAGAAAGCAAUACUGCAGUCGAGAGUAUAUUAAAGCUAUAGUGAUUAGGGAAACAUUUUGGCUAAGACAAGAAGCACCGCUAGAAUGUAAAUGUAAAAGUAAUAUCUACUGCGAGUACAGGUAUGUCGAAAAUUCUAAUGAAAUUGUGAUACUUUUUUAUGCGAGAAUCUUAGAUUUUUAUACUGCUCGUUAUUACAGGUUAUCAGGGAAUCAAGUAUUACAUUUUGAUAACAUUAUUAUUUUGUUCUUUAUGUAGAAGUACAUCGUUAUACGACUAAUUGUUUUCAUCGCCUCUAUUCCUCUAUAGAUUAAAUGAUUAAAUUAUUGAAGAACAACAAGACUCGUGUUUCCUAAUAUCAGAACUGUACCAGACUGUACUUUGUCAUAUCUGUAAUUUUCUAAAUUAUACUAAACCAAUAAUUGGAUCAAUACAGAUGUAUUGCUUUAGCGACCAAAUGUACAUAAGAGUUAUUUAUACUAUUGUUAUUUGUAAUAUUUCAAUGUAAAGGAUUAUAAUAAUCAAAAGUGGAUUCAUAAA